GGUAUCCUGUCUUUGUGUGUUUGGACUGUGGGAGGAAAAUUGUGUGAUGGGGAAGCAGCCAAAUUCCACUCCCCCACAGGAGAGAAGCAGGAAUCAACCCCCCAACCCUAGAGAUGGUAAGCGCCUGGACGUGACGCUUCUCCUCGUGCUGAUCAUGAUGACGAGCGUGUUUGGUGCACGGGCCUGCACGGCCCCCAAUAACUGCUCCAUCAUCUCCAAGGACUACUGCUACUCGGCCCGAAUCCGCAGCACCGUACUGCAGGGCCUGCCCUUCGGGGGGGUGCCCACUGUCCUCGCCCUGGACUUCAUGUGCUUUCUGGUCCUUCUCUUUGUGUUCUCCAUUCUGCGGAAAGUGGCCUGGGAUUAUGGACGCUUGGCGCUAGUGACAGACUCAGACAGACUGAAGAAACUCUUCAGCGGCUUGGACGAGAGGGAAUAUGUGGCAUCGGCCCUACAUUCGGAAACGCCCGAUCGAUAUGAACGCCUCACCUCUGUUUCCAGCUCUGUUGACUUUGAGCAAAGAGACAACGGCUUCUGCUCUUGGCUGACGGCUAUCUUUAGGAUAAAAGACGAGGAGAUCAGAGAGAAAUGCGGCGAGGACGCGGUCCACUACCUCUCCUUCCAGAGGCAUAUCAUCGGGCUGCUGGUGGUCGUGGGGGUGCUGUCCGUGGGGAUCGUCCUUCCCGUCAACUUCUCCGGAGAUCUGCUGGAGAAUAAUGCCUAUAGCUUUGGACGAACUACUAUAGCAAACCUAAAUUCUGGGAAUAACCUCCUCUGGCUGCACACCUCAUUUGCGUUCAUGUACCUCCUGUUGACGGUGUACAGCAUGAGAAGACACACCUCCAAGAUGCACUACAAAGAGGAUGAUCUGGUGAAACGCACCUUGUUCAUAAACGGGAUAUCGAAGUACGCCGAGGAGAGCCACAUAAAACAGCACUUUGAACAGGCCUAUGAGAACUGCACUGUGCUUGAGGCUCGCAUCUGCUACAAUGUGGCAAAGCUCAUGUCCCUAAACACGGAGAGAAAGAAGGCAGAGCGAAGCAAGAAGUUCUUCACUGACCUGAUGGCCAAGGAGCACGUCCCCACCAUGAUCAACCCUAAGCCGUGUGGACACCUCUGCUGCUGCAUCAUCAAGGGAUGCGAAGAGGAGGAGGCUGUGAGCUAUUACACCAAGCUGGAGUCGAAGCUGAAGGAGGAGUACAGGAAGGAGAAGGAGAAAGUCAACACGAAACCUCUCGGGAUGGCGUUUGUCACUUUCCAGAACGAGGCGAUGACUGCCGAUGACUGCAGUGUGAGUCAUUCUUCUGUAAUCCUGAAGGACUUCAAUGCCUGCCACUGUCAGGGCUGCAAAUGUCGCCACGAGCCCAAGUCGUCUCAGUUCAGCGAAAGCUUGCAUAUCUACAACUGGAGCGUCUCCUAUGCCCCAGACCCACAGAAUGUGCGAUGGGAGAACUUGUCUCUUGGGGGUGUCUCCUGGUGGGUGCGCUGCUUCAUCAUCAAUUGCAUCCUCUUCCUCUUGCUCUUCUUCCUCACCACUCCGGCCAUCAUCAUCAGCACCAUGGACAAGUUCAAUGUCACCAAGCCAGUGGAGUACCUCAAUAACCCCAUCAUUACGCAGUUCUUCCCCACCCUGCUGCUCUGGGCCUUCUCUGCCCUGCUGCCCACCAUCGUCUACUACUCAGCCUUCUUUGAAGCCCAUUGGACCAGGUCGGGGGAGAACAGGACCACCAUGCACAAGUGCUACACGUUUCUCAUCUUUAUGGUGCUUCUACUUCCUUCCCUUGGACUCAGCAGUUUGGAUGUUUUCUUCCGCUGGCUUUUCGACAAGAAAAUCUUGGUCGAUGCCCCAAUCAGAUUUGAGUGUGUCUUCCUCCCAGACAACGGCGCCUUCUUCGUGAACUAUGUCAUCGCCUCGGCGUUCAUCGGGAACGCCAUGGACCUGCUCCGGAUCCCCGGCCUGCUCAUGUACAUGAUCCGGCUGUGCCUGGCUCGCUCGGCCGCGGAGAGGCGCAACGUCAAGCGGCACCAAGCUUACGAAUUCCAGUUUGGCGCCGCCUACGCCUGGAUGAUGUCCGUCUUCACCGUCGUCAUGACGUACAGCAUCACCUGCCCCAUCAUUGUCCCCUUCGGCCUCAUGUACAUGCUGCUGAAGCACCUGGUGGACAGAUACAACAUGUACUACGCCUACCUGCCCUCCAAGCUGGACAAGAAGAUCCACUCAGGUGCCGUCACCCAGGUGGUGGCCGCGCCCAUCCUCUGCCUCUUCUGGUUGCUCUUCUUCUCCACUGUGCGCACAGGCUUUGUGACCCCAACAACCAUGUUCACGUUGGUGGUCCUCAUCAUCACCAUCGUGGUCUGUCUCUCCCACAUCUGCUUCGGGCAUUUCAAGUACCUCAGUGCCCACAACUACAAGAUUGACACCAAGGAUACUGAUGCAGAUGGGGUGGAGAAUGGCCGUCCGGCUCGCUCCACCACCUCUCCUACCAACAAGGCAGCACAAAUGUAUAUCGCCCAGGUUCUGCAGGAUCCAGGAUCAGAGGAAACGGGAACCGGAAGCGGGGAGGAGGACGGCCAGGGGUCCUCGCAGGACGAGGAGAUGAUCAACACGAGGAACAGUAUUAACGAAGCGGACUUCCAGUCGGGAGAGGACAGCCUUAUAGCCAAUGAAGUCCACCCAUUCCGGGACCAUCCCACCAUGGAGGUCAUCCCCAUGAAACCCACUGCUCCCUUCAGAUUCCAGGCCCACCCCUCCAAUGGGGCCGUCCUCCGCUGAGCUUGGGGUCACCCCCCCCUCCCCCCGCCAGCGAGAGCGUGCGGCCGAACCAGCGCCAGCUUGGUGUUCUCCGCUCCUCGGAUAAGGACUGGAAUGGCAGCCUGAUGCACAGCCUCUCUCAUCUGAUCCAAAUACUUUACCUUCGGCCCCCAUCCUGUGUAUUCCCGCCUCACUUUAACACCACUAAUCCCUAGAAUGUGAACGGUGUCUCGCUGUUUGUCUCGUUUGUGCUGCACACGCCCCUCAGCCUGUACACAGGAGAGGCAGGAGCCGGCUGCUAACCUGGGACCCCCCCUUUACACCCUCAUGCCCCUCGUAAGGAGUAACUGUGACAGGCUGCAUGUUUAGUCCUGUGGGUGGUCUGUCUUUGAAGCACCAGAACUGCCACAGUGUAGCACUGCUUGGGGGGGUGGGGGGGGUGCUUGGUGUGUUCGUUUUUUUUUUUAUAGCUUUGGUGCACUAAAUGUGCUCAAUUCUUCAGUUCUGCAGCGACCUGCAGAGGCGGUCAUGUGACCCUCCCAUUCAGCGAUGAUGCGCUGAUGUUCAGCCGCCCUGGGAAUUAAGGGUGACCUCUUCAUGCAUGUCAGAACCAUUUUACUCCGAUUCCUUUCAUCAAAUUAUAUUUCCAUGUUAAUUUAACUUUAUGUACUAGCUAACUUCGUAUUAAUUGCUUAUUCUAAUGGCCAGCGAGAUCUUCAGAUCUUUUCUCUUUUUUUUAUUACGUACAUUUUAAAAAUGUACAGUCUAAAGAUUAGUGCAAUGUUUUUAGACCUCCGGCGGUUUAAAUAAUCGUUGAUUGAUGGAAAUUGUGUGACUCAUUCCGCCCCAAAUAAAUAUUAAUGAAGAAGGUCAUUGUCGCUUAGCUGCGUGGGACUCUAGGGGUCAGCGACCUCAGACUUCCUGAAGAUACGGCCCUUGAUCGCUUGAGCCAUAGGGAUUCGAUCCACUAGGGAGGUGUUUUUAAAAAUGGCCUAGUGACAUGCGAAAGUCAUCAUGACCAUGAAGCAUUUUGCUGGUCUUUUCAUUUGGAUAUUAAUACAUACUGAUUGCAUACUGAAUACAUACUGAUAUACUUUCAGUUUUUUCACCUGUGCUGGCUUAACUGUAUGUAGCCAUGUAUAUAGCUAUAGAUUUUGUGCUUGAAUUUGUUUAGAAAAACAAAUAUUGUACCAUAUUUUGUACAAUAUUAUUGUACAAUAUUUUAUGGCAUUUUGUGUGCAUUUUUCAGCAAUAGCUCAAUGUGCAAAGGAUGUACUGAAAGUGUGCUGUUUUAACCGAUCCAGCUGUGUAGGGCACAGCAAUGCUGGAAAGGUGAAGAAGCGCCACUGUUUUUGAUGAAAAAAGCCGGAUGCGUUCGUGCUGGUGGAGGCCGAGUGUUUGGCAGCAAAGAGCAAUAUGUAGAGAAUGAAAUUUGAAUAGUCUGCUUAUCGCUUUAUAGCAGUGUUUCCUGAUACAGUUCUUGGGGGCCCUUUUGCUCACUUUGAGCUCCCAGCCAAACAGCACACAUUUUUGCUCCCUCCCAGCCAAACAGCACACAUUUUUGCUCCCUCCCAGCUCCAAAACGUGGCCUGUCUGCGGGUCCCCGAGGACCGGGUUCGGAAGCACUGCUUUGUGGUGAUUCUCCAAACGCACAAUUGGAGUGAACAAAAUGUUAAUUCCUUCAUGUCCCGGUUAUCUUGUGACACUGAAACAUAACUUAUUUUGAAUCUGGAUUCGGUUAACAAGUAAGUCAGAUAUCUUUGUACUACUAAAUACUAUGAUGGGAUCACCUCUGCACCAAUUACCUGCAAGUAUUUUCUUUCUGCAGCUGUCUGGACAAUGGGAACCAUCUGCUUUGGUCACCAUGCUGUGUGUCCUCGCAGUGUAAUUCAGUGCAAUUCACUCAAGGAUCGUGCACUGAGUUUGAUACACUUGACAUUUUGGUUUCUCAGAACAUUUGUACAGAAUUCCCGUGAAUAAAUCAAUGUUACUUAGACCUGAGCCCCAAACCACGAAGAUGAAUGCAAGCUCCGAACAUCACCUCGUAAUUGACUGACUUCAGUAACUAUUUAGCAGAGGUGGGUAAUUCAGCUCCACAGAGUAAAAGUCCAGACCAGGAUUUUGUUUCAACCAACCAGUGGAGUAUAAAGAGUCACAGUCACUGAGUACUCAGCUGGACUUGUACUCUCUGGACCUGAACUAUCCACCUCUGUUAUUUAGAUACUUUAACAUCUGAUCUGGAGGUUAAAGUGUCAUUAGCAGGUGCUACAUGAAAUAUAUUCUUAAAAAUCUGCAGCCUUUAAGGUGUGGUGUUGGAAAACUUGUACAAUAGAAUUGUUCUUUUUUAAGUAUAGCUCUUUCUAAAGUAGUGGUAGAUGAAAUAUAGCAUAUCUUGAAAAUCUUGUGAUGCACAGGAGAAAUGAUGUUGAUACGCAGUAUCAAUGAAGAGCUGUGCUUCUGAUUGGCCCGUCUUUGGUGUGCAGCGUGUCUAUGGUAAAUCUUUGAAUUUCUAUGUCCUUCAAAGAGCAGUGGUAGAAACGCAAUUUUAGACAUAGUAGUUUUGCUAAAACCUUCGCUUAAGUUAAUAUCCGGCUUGUACGACACAUCAGUCGAGUGACUGUUGCUGUCUGCUGGGACAUAGAUAUUUGAAAUACCGUACAGAUAGCGGACUAGAACACUGUGGCGGAUAUGCACUUAUAGCAAAUGGCCGCUAGAGGUCUCUGUGUACAUUUUUUUAGUUCUUCAAUUCUGGAAUGGAGACUCAUUAGAAAGGGAAAAUGAAAGAAUGCAAUAUACACAAAAGACGGACUGAGUGAAAGAAAACUGUUUUGUAAGGUGAUAUAACUUGAAAAAAAAAGAACUGACUCAGGUUUUCUUUUCUUUAAAUAGUACUUUAUUUAUGCUUUUGAUUAUUUUUGUCAGGUUUGAUGUGCAACUUGUUUAACCAUUCACAUUUGUGAAUGUUUCAACUUCAUAUAUUACCAUUAUAUAUAAAUUUUAUUGUGUGGCUUUUAUACUUUUACAUUUUGUCUUUGUUUUAGGUUUCAUCAAGUUUAAGUUUCAAAGCAAAAAAUGUGAUUGAUAUGUUUUUACCCCUAAACACUCCUUGUGUCUAACAAAUUUGUGGGUCAAAGGAGAUGAUAAUAAUUCUGAGAAGCACAUGCCACAGAGGUCUGGCCCAAAGACUUCUGGAAAACUGAGCACAAAGCAAACUCUUUAUUCACGUGUUUUUGAAGAUAUAAGGCACUCGGCAUUGAUGGUGUCCAGGGGAGACCUAAUGAUUUCCCUCAUAGCAUGUUUGUUUCAUGUAAAUGUUUUUCUUUUCUUUUCUUUUUUGACAUUUUUCCUUAUUAUGGGGAUGAAGUUCAAGUAAAGAUUGUGGAAGCUUGUGAUUGGCUUGUAUGACAUUGGCUUGAUGAAUCAAUACCAAUAGAGACAUGCAUAUAAAAUAUUUUUGUAAAUAGCCUUCAGUAACUCCACCAUCAUGGUAGUUAUGAUAAUGUGGAGUCGAACACUUAUGUACAGUUUAUGUAAGUGAUUACUGGGAGGGUGGGGGGGGGGGGGUAAAAUAAUAUGUACAGUAGACUGUUUGGGUUUUUUAUUGUACUGGUCAUUAACUGAAUUCCCCUGCCAUAAAAAUACUAGUGUUUAGGUUAGUGUUUAACAGGACCAUUCUGUCGUCUUGGGCUGUCAUUUUUUUACAUUUUAUUUUUAACUUGGGUCAGAAGGCUGUCUGUAUAGUGAAAAACUUGUCAAUCUCUCUCCCCCCCCCCAAUAAAAACUUAGAAUGGUUCUUGAUCUUC